CCUCAGCCCCACCUGGCCGCGCCAUGACGACUCACAGCUUCGCGCUGCCCGUCAUCCUCUUCUCCAUCUUCUGGGGGCUCGUGGGGUUUGCGGGGCCCUGGCUUGUGCCCAAAGGGCCCAACCGCGGCGUGAUCAUUACCAUGUUGGUCACCACUGCCAUUUGCUGUUACCUCUUUUGGCUUGUAGCAAUCCUGUCCCAAGCCAACCCGCUGUUUGGACCCCAACUGAAGAAUGAGACUAUCUGGUAUGUGCGUUACCUGUGGGAGUGACCCGUGGUGCUGCAGACUGCUUCAACAGGUACCAACUCAGGAGUGCAAAUAU